AUCGACGGUACAAACGACGGAGCGUCGAUCUGAUCCGUCGAAUGGUCUUUGUGCUAGGUCAAUUCUACGGUACAAACGAUGGAGCGUCGAUCUGCUCCGUCAAAGUCAUGAAAUUUUCAGUGAGCAACUUUCUCUUCCUUACUUUCUACGGUGCAAAGGACGGAGCGUCGAAUAGAUCGACGAUACAAAGGACGACCAUCAAACCUCCUUUUCGUGAAACUGCAGUGAAUUUUCAUUUUGACCAUCUCCUCUUGGGUCUUUAGCCUAAAGUCAUACACGUAACCCAACAUAUAAGGUUCCAAAGGACUCAUACAGUGCUUUCACACUCUAUACGGAUUUACGGGAUGUUACAGAAAUUUUGUGAGUAAACCCUAUAUUUUGUUGCACGAUGAAGGCUAAUGCACUUUUAGUUUUGAUUCAGUAGAGGAAUGUGAUAAGGUCAUUCAAGUAGAUCCUUACACACUCCAUAAUAAACCAUUUGUGCUUCAAAAUUUAGAAAUUGACUAUGACUUCGACCUUGAUUGCGUAACCACUAUUCCAUUGUGGGUUAUUUUACGCUUGCCGGUGGGGUAUUGGUCUAGUAAUGCUCUGAGUAACGUCGCUUGUGUUGCCCACCUCUAUACACAGACAAGUUUAAUGCUAAUAUUGACAGGAUCUCUUAUGCUCGUAUAUUGGUUGAAAAUGAUGUCUCUCGACCACUCCUUGAGUCCAUUGAGAUCAUCACCCCUACUGGACUAUCCAUCAGGUGGUAAACUAUGAUUGAAGACCCAAGUUUUGUACUGAAUGAAAUUUGAGCACAAUGCUGAUAACUAUUGGAAUGCUGAGGCAGAUGUCCAAGAGCAGAAUGGCUUCCAGGUGGUUAAAAAGAGACCCUGAUUUUCGUAGUAUUCUGGUAAAAGCUAUUUCCAGUACGAAUACGAACGGUGAAACCGUGAUCUAACGAUCCUUUUGACCUUCAGAUUCAAAGCUAGAGGUGUCAGAAAAGUUACCACGGGGAUAACUGGCUUGUGGCAGUUAAGUGUUCAUAGUGACGUUGCUUUUUGACCCUUCAAUGUCAGCUCUUUCUAUCAUUGUGAAGCGUAAUUCACCAAGUGUUGGAUUGGGGAACCAAAAUAUAUUAGUUGUGGAUGAAGCUAAAAGCUCUGUAGGAAGGUUUAAAGUGACUGAAUGCAUAUGUGGCUUCUUACAUCGAAAAAUUACAACUAGCUAGACAGGGGGUUGGAGAUUCUAAAAGCUCAAAUUGCUACUUAACCUCUUUGUCCACUAUGGCUAGAACAGGAUAAGACCUUCCUAAAUGAUAUCAGUAAGUGGAGUACUGUUGAGGAACGGGUUUUCAGACGAAAGUCCAGAGUUUGCUGGUUUUCUAGUAGAGAUGCAAAUACCAGAUACUUUCACGUUUAAAUAAAAUUAAGGCAUGCAGGAAUAUUAUAACCCCGUUAUAAUUCUAAUGGUACUAAAUUGCAUGACGCUAGAUUAGUGAAGGCUGAAUUCAUCUUAUUUUUCUCCCACUUAAUGAGUUCAGUUGCUGAGGAGUUACCCUGUCCAAAUACUGAAGUUAUAAGGAGUGACCCUUGUCUCACUUAUCAACAAAAGUGUCUUCUGAUCACUCCUAUUAGUGAUCAUGAGAUACUAGUUGCUAUCAAGGGCAUGCCACAUGAGAAAGCUCCAAGAGAAAAGAGGGAUAAGGCAAGAGGACCCUAUGCUCCCUUACCUCUUUGUCAUUGCUAUGAAAUAUUUACAAUGGGAACUAUACUGCUUGGACUUCACAAGGACUUCAAAUUCCCCCUAAGGUGCAAGAAGAUUGGUAUGGUACAUAUUUGCUUCGCCGAUGACUUACUGAUGCUCUGUAAGGCAGAUGUGAAGUCAAUUCAACUUCUUCAGGAUGCUUUUCACAAAUUUUCUACUGCUUCAGGGUUGCAAGCUAACACUAAAAAAAGUUCUAUCUAUGUCUAGUGACUCAUUGGCAUUGAAGCAGGAAAUCCUAUUUCCACCUUGGGGUAUGCUGAGGGUGAGAUCCCUUUCAAAUUAUUUGGGGGUUUCUCUAUCCUCAAAGAAGUUCAUUGUCUCCAAAAUGUCUUCUACUGGUGGAAAAGAUCACUGAGAGAAUAAGGUGUUGGUUAGCUAAAUUUCUCGCUUAUGCUGGCAUGAUUCAAAGGAUAAAGUCAGUCAUCUUUGGUAUCCAAACCUACUAGGCACAAAUAUUUAUAUUGCCCAAGAAGAUACUAAAGAUGAUUGAUUGUGUGUGCAGAACCUUUUUUUGUACUGACUCAGCCAAUGUUUUCAGAAAAGUACUUGUGUCUUAGGAGAAGAUAUGUAUGGCCAGAGUUGAUGGGGACCAAAAUGUUCGCAACCUAUCACUUUGGAAUCAAGCUGCUGUGCUUACGCAGCUUUAGGCCAUCACUGAGAAAAAAUAUUGCUUCUGGAUCAAAUGGGUACACUCUUACUACAUAAAGCUGGCUCUAUUGAAAAUUGCACCAUAAUGCAAUUUGGGUGGUCAGGAAAAUAUUUGAUUCCAAGGAUAUGUUAUGCAAAGUUAACUCUCGAUAGGCUAAUCUCUCUGCUAGGCUGCACUCAAUGGUUGCAAUAGAUUACUAGUGAUAGGGCUACCGGUCUUCCUUUUGCUAGCCUAGUCCUUUUCUGAGAAAUAAGUGGUUUGUACCUAUUUGGCUUUGUAACCGUCACUUUGGUGUUAAUACAAGUGUUCGUUUACCACAAAAAAAAAAAGAAAAAAAAAGGAGUAGA